CGCACACACUGCCACAAAUGCCAUGCCAAUAUCCAAUUCACUGUAAAAAACUCUAUUUCUCUCUCUCUCUCUCAGAAGAAGGUUUUAAUUCAUCUUUGAAAUAUCGAAGAUGGGAACUCUGCAGAUUAGUUCUAAAGCUUUACCUUCUUUCUCAACCUCCUUUAACUUCAAUCAUCUUACCCAUUACUCUCACAAAACGCUCCAAAUUUCUAAGCGUCUCAGCUUCUCUAGAGGAAAAAUCAGAGCUGUAGGCACAAUUUCUGAAGGUGAAUCUCAAGCCAUAGAGCCAGAGGAGCCACCUUCUGUGGCUUUUGCUUUUGUUAGUUCUGUGUUGCUCCCGGAUGGAACGCCCGAUGUACAUUUUCGAAAAGCAUGUGGUGGGCAGAAACUACGGAACAUAAUGUUGGAUUCUAAUAUUGAGUUGUAUGGACCAUAUGCAAGAGCUCUGCUGAAUUGUGCUGGAGGUGGAACCUGUGGGACUUGUAUGGUGGAGAUUAUUCAAGGAGAAGAGCUUCUAAACCCUCGCACAGACAGAGAGAAGGAAAAACUUAAGAAGAAACGAAAAAAUUGGAGACUUGCUUGUCAAACUACCGUCGGAAAGCCAGAUUCUACAGGGCUGGUUGUUGUACAACAGUUGCCUGAAUGGAAAGGACAUGAAUGGCGUUAUGAAAAAAUAUCGCCUGACGAGUUCAAGGCAGAGAUAGCUCAGUUAGAGUUGGGGUCAGAGUCUUCUAAUUAACACGGUUUUUGUACAUUAACGUGGAUGAAUUAUUAAUUUCAAAGGUUAUAUAUAUAUAUAGGCAUUCUAAU